UGGAUAAACAAAUCUUCCCCAAGAUGAUUCAACUAUUGUAUACAGUUAUAUUUACAGAAAUGGCUUUGAUUAUGACCCUACUUUUUGCAAAUCCUCUAAGAGAGCUUGUGCUAAUAAGGUUAUUAGACAAGUUGAAGCAAGGGAGAGGUCCUUUGGUUGCCAAAAGUGUGUCAGCAACUGUUCUGGUGGUGUUCAUCUCCAUCUUACGCAGCGCAAUCGAGAUCAAGAACCGUUCAAUCGAAGCUGGUGGUGUGAUCAACCCUACAGAUGCCGUUCUUAUGGAAGACCAUUUUCUCGAGGCAUCUCUUAUGGGAUUUUGUUUAUUUAUGGCACUAAUGAUAGACAGACUCCAUUACUACAUCAAAGAGCUCAGCCUAUCCAGGAAGGUGUUGAAAGAGGUACAGAUGUUGGAUUUUGAGGGAAGGAAAAACGAAGGAGAAGAAGAAAAGUAAACAAAAGAUAAAAGAAAUAUAAUAUAUAAUAUAUAGAUUGAAAUUCAAAUAAUAUAGUACAUAUGAACUGUAUAUAUACAAUACAACUCCUCAAACAGUAGCAUAUUAGUGCAUUUGAACUAGGUCCGAGGCCCAAGUCCAUCUAAUUGUAGAAUCCCGUGUCUAAAACUCCUAUACUUCAAUUUCAAUUUAAAAUCCA